AUGGAUCAGUCCUAUUCGGAAAGUGAUCUUUCCAUGUCGCCCUCGCAAAUACUAGAAAGACUUCAAGUGUUGCGGCAGUUACAGUUGUUACAACGCGGGAAAUUGCAAAAACAACAGUUACAAUAUCAAGAUUGUUCCGAAAUUUCGUCAAACAUAACUGAAAUUGUAAGUCAUUUUAGCAAUAGUACUAGCUACAAUACAUUUCGAAGCUUACUACAUACACAUCAAGAUUCUUCAAAUGAAACGUCUCCUCGCUGGAACACAAGUAAUUCGACGAGGAAUGUAGUAGAACGUGAUUUGGUAGACGGCGUAUCCGUACUAAAUCUUUCUCAAGAAUCGGAGUUUAUUCUGAAUUCACCCACAUCCAUGCAAAGUAAGAUUUUAUCUGAAUCAGAGUCUGGUAAUUUGAACUUAACCUCACAUAAUAGCAAAGAAAAAUCGACUAAUAAACAGAUUGCAUUAGAUGAGAUGCCUAUAUUGAGUCCAAAAAAAAAUUUUGAAGCCAUGGUAAUUGAAAAUCUACAAAAUGAAGACAAUGUUAAUAGAAAUGAAUGUAAACAGAACAAAAAUGUUUUGAUUCAAAAUGGUAAAAAACCCUAUCUUAAAAAAGGAGAAGGCAUGUCUCGUUUUGGUUUACAAAAGAAAGACUUGGUUAUUCAACAUACUAAAUCUUUACCAUGGCAUCAAAAGAAGUUACAAACAAAAACUGCCCAGAAAGAAGCAAAAAAAUUUGACAAACCUAAAACUACUGCAAAGAAAGUUGAAGUUCAGAUUAUAGUCUCAAAACCAUCAUCUCCAAACAAUAAAAAUGUUAACUCCAAUAUUAAAGAAAUGGAAAAAUCUGUGAAGGUACUAGAAGAAUCGAAUAAAAAAGGAACAAUACAAUUAAAUAAAUUUUGUAUUUCCGGUAAGCCACUUAUAGAACAGUUGGACCAAAAAAUUAUAAAUUUACCCAAAGGAAAACAUCCACUUCAAAUAAAUAAUGGGAAAACAUGGGCAGCAGUACUUACUAAAGAACAAAAUGACUUUUUACAACAGCUUAAACAAAGUGAUUAUUACAAAAACUUUGACUCCCCUGCUAAGAGUGUAAUAUCAGAUAUAAGCUGUGAUGACAACAUUAAUAAGAUGAGACAAGAAAAAGAAACAGCAGAACAAAAUAUGUUUGAUUUACUUGAAAGUAAAGUAGCUCGUGAGAGUUUUAAUAUUGAAAACUCCUUUAUUAAUCGUUUUCUACAAAGAAAAAAAUUUGAAUACUCUGGUGAGAGUACACCUCUAGUUAUGCAAAGAUGUCUCUCUAAAAAUCCUGAUUUAUUGCAUAUUAAACCCAAUUUACCAGAUGAGGGAAGUGGAAAUGAUCCCAAAAUGUCUCAAAGUGAAUGCACAGAAUGUGUUGAGACAUGCUCCUCCAUAUCAAGCUGCUGUUCUUGCAUAACUGUUGAGCCAGCAAGUUCUAGUUGUGCAUGUUAUAGGGAAGAAAAGCAAAGCAAAAAUGAACAAAAAGAUAAAAUCAAUAGUAAUGAAAGUAAUGAAGAUAAGGAGGCUAUAGUAACUGGUGUGAAAAAUAAAAAAGACAAGAAAUGUCAUAAUGGCAAUACCCCUGAUGACACUGACACAAUGAAAGCAAAUAUGGCUGAAAUGAAUGCCAAACUGAUUGCAACAAGUGAGUUGCUUAAAGAUAGACUUAGUGAACUAGAAGAUGAAAUAGAGACAUUCAGAAAAGAAAAUGCAAACUUGACAAAAAUGCGUGAAGAAAUUGAUUUAGAAAGACAAAAAUUCUUUGAAGAAAAAAUUUCUUUCGAACAAAAAUUCAAUGAGGAAAAAAUUUUGUCCGAGUAUUAUUUGGCCGAAGAAAAAGAAAAGAUAACAAAACAAAAACAACUAUAUGAAAGAUAUGUUAGGGAUAUGAGAGGGAGAUUAAAUAAAAAAGACAAAGAUGAAGUUAUAAAUUUGAAGAAAGAAAUAAAAGACCUUAAAGAGGAGAUAAGAGUUAAAGAUGUAAAAUCCACAUCAACAAUAGCAAGACUUCGCAAUCAAUUGAAAAUUAUGGAAAAAGAAAAAAAGAGCUUGGAAGAUGAAGUUGAAAAACUAAAAAAAGAAAAUAGACGAAUUCAGCAUAGUAAUGAAGUGACAAGAAGAUUAACAAAUUUGAAGUAUCUUGAACAAAUAAACAAUAAACUUUCAAAUAUGGUUUCUAAAGAUUCACGGUCUGAAAUUAAUUUAGAUCCUAACAUAAAAUAUAAAGGUUAUGAAAUUGAAAGACAAAGUAGGAGUAGAAGAAUCCAAUCACAGAAUAAAGGUAUUAGGCCCAGAGCAAAAAGUGUUCCAAAUUUAAAUGUCACUUCAAGAUAUGCAAAAUAUUUUAGUCAAAAAGAUACCAUAAGUGAAGCGGAGAGAAAUAAAACUUUGAAUGUUGAUGUGAAGUGCAAUUCACCAUCUCAUUAUAUUGAAGAUCAAAUCAAUUAUAAAGAUUCAAACAUAGAAAAUACUGGUACAAAUUCUGAUAAAAGUGUUACAGAUAGUGAAGAUGAAAAUAAUUUAGAAAAAAUCUACACUGAAAGGUUUCAAAAUAGCUCUCCUAAAAGUAGAAGGUCAACUUUAUCUAAUUCUAGUGAAAAUAGUAACCACAUUGACACCAGCAGUUAUUUCAUACGUAAAUCAAGCUCUAGUCAGGAUUCUUCAGGUUCUCACUAUAGUAAAUGUAAUGAAUCAAAUUUUGUGACAUCAAAAGUAUCCAAUUCUAAUGGAAAUCAAAGAUCUUUAAGAAAUUCACCAAUAGGUUAUUCAAAUAGUGAUAACUUUUCUAAGUCUCCUACCUUAACAAGUAACCCCUCUUCUAAUCAAAGGCUAUCCACAGUUGUAAACAAAGAGCAAUAUCAAGAUUCAAGAAUGGUUGUUACUCCUGAACCUUAUGCAAGCAAUAGUAGUUUGUCAAAAACUAAUUUAAAUCCAACAGAAAUAAGAAAGCCUGAUGGAUCAAGAGAGCUGCGAUUCCCAAAUGGCAAUGUAAAAUUUAUUUCAGCCAAUGGAAAAUACAGCAAAUUUGUUUAUUACAAUGGUGAUGUUAAAGAAAAUUUCUAUAAUGAAGGGAGGAUAAAAUACUUUUAUGCUGAAACCAAAACAUUUCAUACUACUCAUGCAGAUGGACUAGAAGUUUUAGAAUUUUCUGAUGGCCAAGUAGAGAAACGGUACAAGGAUGGUUCGUCAGAGAUUCGCCUCCCUAAUGGUAGUGUGCGUUACUAUGACCCGAAAAAUGAACAUGUUCGAGAAGAGUGGCGCUUCCCUGACGGUGCCGCGCUGACUAUUUCUGCAAAUGGCGAAAAGCGUAUAGUUUUUAGUAAUGGUCAAGUUGAAGUACAUGCUAAUGAUCACAAGCGUCGUGAAUUUCCAGACGGCACGGUGAAAUUAAUUUAUAAUGAUGGUACUGCGGAAACUCGAUAUGCUUCUGGAAGAAUUCGAAUUAAAGAUAAACAUGGCAAGCUUAUUAUGGACUCUGCCCCCAGUUGA